CGCGGUCCCAGGGGCUAUGCUGCUCGGUGGAGCGGGUACUACGCGUGCUGGGGACCGGUCGCUGCUCGGGUCUGCAGGUCUCUGAGCUUCCGAGGGAGAAGGUGCCUUGUGGGGGGAUAGUUCCUGCCUCGAUUUACCCCGCAGCCCAGCCAGCGAGGGCACCCGCCCCAGCGAACUCCCGGCAGUGCCCCAGAAAGGCCGUUCCGCCCCGCGAGCGAAACGGAGCCGUUGACCAUGGUUGCCACUGGCAGUUUGAGCAGUAAGAACCCGGGCAGCAUUUCAGAGUUGCUGGACCAUGGCUUCCACCCGGGGAGCCUGCUCAAUGAUUUUGACUACUGGGAUUAUGUUGUUCCUGAACCCGACCUCAAUGAGGUGAUUUUUGAGGAGUCCACGUGCCAGAAUUUGGUUAAAAUGCUGGAGAACUGUCUUUCCAAGUCAAAGCAAACCAAACUUGGUUGCUCCAAAGUCCUUGUCCCUGAGAAACUGACCCAGAGAAUAGCUCAAGACGUCCUGCGGCUUUCCUCCACGGAGCCCUGCGGCCUGCGAGGUUGUGUUAUGCACGUGAACUUGGAAAUUGAAAACGUAUGUAAAAAGCUGGAUAAGAUUGUGUGCGAUUCUAGUGUGGUGCCCACUUUUGAGCUCACACUUGUGUUCAAGCAGGAGAACUGCUCAUGGACUAGCUUCAGGGACUUUUUCUUCAGCCGAGGUCGCUUCUCAUCUGGCUUCAGGCGAACUCUGAUCCUGAGUUCAGGAUUCCGCCUCGUUAAGAAAAAGCUUUACUCCUUGAUUGGAACAACAGUCAUUGAAGAGUGCUGAUAAGGAAAUAUUUUAAAGAUCCUUCUUAUAAUUGGGUAAUAAAACUACACAGCUGCCCCCUGAGAGUCAUUUGUGGUCCCCUUACCUCCUCUCAGCCAGAAACCCUGAACUGAGUCAUCUCCUUCCAUGGCUCCACAUUGAUAGCAACCCAACUAAGAGGCCAAUUUCAUGGCUUUGGAGAAAGGACCUGAGAAAGUGUACAUUCUCUGCCUAUAUCACAUGUUUUCACAAAAUGGCAUGGAAUAAAAGAAGCAACCCACUUUAGUUUUCUGUUUGACUUCGCUUUGUACAGGGGGGCUUGCUAACGAGACUCUAAGUUGACUGUGCCUAGUCUGAUUUUCAUAUGGCUUUUUUUUCUGUAUGUUUUCAGAGUGAUCCUUUCGGUCACAGAAACUUAAUGAUGCUUAGCCCACCAAAACUUCCAGAAGCCUGCAUCAAUUUCCUGCCCCUCCUCAAAUGUAAAGGGUUCCUAGACUGAAGGGUAGAAUUUAGUGGGCAAACUUAAUUAAAAGUUAACCCCACGCAGGCGUGAAUAAGCGAUGUCACAUCAAGAACAGCACUUCUUCCCCGUUUCUUUGCAUCCUGUCUGUGCUUCUGUUUCAAAGAGGUGGCGAAAGCAUGUAUUUCAUUUCAGUAACAGUGAUGUUUUCAAUAUGGUACAAUUCAAGCUCACUUUUUCUAGUGCUCAAGUAGUGAAUGUUAGUUUUCAGCUAAAAAAAUGGAAAAUGGUGAACCGAUUUUUUGGCAUCUAGUUGAUUACUCUUCCACUGGUGAAUAUGGAUGGGGAUGAGAGGUGAGUUCUCAGAUCCGCUCCUUUCUCAUUUGCUUGAUAAUCUCACUUCUUUUCGCCAUUAAUAUAUGUUUAACCUCAGAUGAACCAUCUCACUGUGUCGGUGUCAUCUGGCCCGGGCAUCUCCUAGGAACCAAAGUUUCCCUCCUUAACCUGAAUCUUCAAAGGGGAUAGGUACAUGCUACCACUUUUCAUCACCAAGUUGGGCCUAUUUACGAAGGCCGCUGUGGUCAUGGGUGUCUAGUUUACAGUACAGACUAGAGAAUGAGAGCCGGGGCCUCGCUAACCCCUUCUCUUCAACCUUGGAUACCUGUUCCUGGGGAACAAGAAAGAUGUUUUUUCUGGUCCCAACUUGCUGGGUCACUAGCCAUCCUUGUGGAAUCUUAAUGAGAGUAUAGCCUCUACACUGUGAUCCUCAAUUCAGCAAGGCCCUCACAUUUUUGUAGUAAGUCACCCAUCAGGAGCUGAUUUUGGUCUCAUGCCAAAUUAUUAGUACCACCGCUUUAUAAACCUGAAGCCAGGCUCCUAGACACAAAAGUCUUCAUCCUGAUGUUACUCAAAAGCGGGCCCUGCUGAUCCCAUAAGUGACCUAAAACUUCACUAUUCAAAUCAGCAAGCAGUCUAACAAAUCGAUCUCUUCACAUUUGGAAUGAUCCCGCAAAGCUGAACUGUAUAGGACGGGGCCAGGAUAAGUCGACCUUGUUUGCAUUCUGCUAUUGUUUAGGACUCCGGAGGCCACUGUGAUUCCGUGGGCGAGACUUCUCGGCCUGGAUGGAUGUAGAACCACUCUCCUUCUUCCACUAACAGUUGUCAUGGACUCUUGUCUUUCGUGCUCAUGAAAUGGCAAUGGCUUAUGGAGAUUCUGAAGUUAAUAUUCCUGUUCAAGGAAAUUAAAGUUUAUCUAUUUUUGACAAUAAAGCUUCAUAUAUUUUUUAA